AUGCUUUCGCUUCCAAAGCGGCUCAUCUUUGGCAGCCAGUCCAAGAUCGACUUUAAGCUCUCGGAGGUCGACGGCAUCGCGCGCCUCUAUGCCGAACGUCACAUCCCCUACCACGAUUCCAGGUACUGGUCGCGCUUCCUCCAGCUCGACUCUCCCUCGGACGUCUUCUCGCUCCUCUCGCUCGCAGACCUCCGCCGCGCCCGCAGAGACGCGCCCGAAAACGUCGUCACGCUCGUCCGGGUCCUCGUCGCACACCUCGAGAGCCUCUUGCUCGAUCCGCUCUUCGAACCUCCUCCCGCAGACCCGACUCGCUCCACCCAGGACCGCUUUGCAGACAGGCUCGGUGGGCUGGCAGACGUCUCGAAAUGGAAGAUCCCAGGCGCUUCGCUCGUCGGCUUUGAAAGUGCAAAUGCAGCUUCGACGGCCGAUCAGAGGGACCGCACAAAGGAGGCGCUCAAUGUCGUCCGCGUACUCACGAGGACCCUGCCGGCAGUCAUGGAGUCUGACGACCGAUCGUUCGAGGACAGUGUGCUCUGGGUACAGGCUCCUGGAGCAUAUACUGAAUCUGCACCGCAACCGACGUCCUCUCAAGACCAAAGCACCGCGACAGCAGAGGAGCACGACAAGCUUGACACUUCGGCGCAGUUCGUGAUCGAUGACGAGAACCAAGACGAAGAUGGAGUGAAGGACCAGGACAUCGACCACCCUUUGAAUACAACCGACAAGGAUGCGAGCGGGGAGAAGCAACAGCAACAAGCAGAGGACGACGAGGUGCCCAUCGCCCUGGGCGAGCGGCUGGUCAGGCUCGUUGUCGACCUCCUCUUCUGCUCCGGAUUCACGCUGCCAUGGACCGAGGACCAGCUAGGAGACGCCGCACAGACAGCACUGCCGAACCGCAUCAACUACUCCAUCUGGGAGGCCGGUGUGGGCAGCUCCAUCGACCUGCCCGGCACCACACGCGCGCACGUCUCGAACCGCGUCGAGGUGCUCCGUCUGCUGCUCGUGCUGCUCUCCAAGAGCAUCUACAUCCCACCCCACCAACAGUCGACGCUCGUCGAUCCGGCGCUCAAAUUCGCCGUCCAGGACCUCGACCGCGCCAUCAUGCUGCCGCUGCUGUGCAGCCUGAUCAACACCAGCAUCACCAACGCGCGCAACUCCACCUCCGCCUGGCUCGGCCUGCCCAGCGUCGCCACGGGCCUCGUGGGCGGCUCCAACGACGAGGUGCGUUCGAGCCUCGUCACGCUAUCGCUGCAGAUUCUCGAUGUGCUCCUCACCUACGAGCCGCCGCUGCCGGGCGAGGCCGACACGCUGAGCCUCAGCACCGUCGGUCGUCCCCUACCUGGCCCGGGGGGGCGCAACGUGUUCCGGUUCUACCUCAGCAAGCUGCACCGCACGGCCGACUUUGAAUUCAUCUGGACCGGGCUCGCCAAGAGCUUCAACGAGCACGUCAGCUCCACCAUCCAGAUCCUUGCCAUCCCCAUUUCCAUCCCCACGGGCGGGCAGGGCAGGAGGGCGGCAGAGACGGCGUGGCAGCUCAGCCAGGUGGCGGAGCGACUCGUGCUGCUGUGGCGCAUGCUGGAGCACAACGCCAAGUUUCGGCUGUACAUGCUCGACGACGCGCGGCGCGCACCGGAGCUGCUCACCGUCGUGCUGUACUUUGCGCUCACGUACAAGGACAACGUGGCGCUCCAGGGGCUCGUGCGCAUGUGUGCGUUUCUGCUCCAGGAUGUAUCGAGCGAGCGCGCGUUCGGGGCCAACCUCGCCAAACCGGGGAGUGCGGCCAAAGUGAAGCUGCCCAGCCGGCUCGGGUUGGUGGGUGGGCACACGGCGAUCGACUAUCUCGUGCAGGGGGUCUACUCGCUCAUCGCCGCCACCAAGGGUCAGCUGGCAUCGCUGUACGCUCCGCUCGUCAUCACGCUCAGCAAUACCGCGCCCGUGUGGCGCUCGCUGUCCAUCACUUCGUCGACGCGCAUGAUGCAUCUGCUGCGCUCGUUUUCGCAGCCGGCAUUCCUGCUGUCGGACGAAGGCCAUCCGAGGCUGCUGUUCUAUGUGCUCGAGGCGAUCAAUGCGGUGAUGACGUUUGGAUACAGAGCCAACGUGAACCUCGUCUACUCGCUCGUGCUGGCCAGGCAGCUCGUGGCGGCGCUCGAGGCGUUUGAGCUGCGCAAGGGGGUGGAGGAGGUGUGGAAGAAGCGGCGUGCAGUGGGCACCGAUACGAGGGACUGGUUCCAAAACGCGGCGAGGCUUGAAAAGCCGCCUCUGCCGCGCGCCGAGGACUCGGCCACUUCAGCCGAGGGUGGGGAUGGAGCGACGGGACCGAGUGCUGCGGAGAAGGGCAAGAUGCGACGCAUCUCGACGUCGUCACUCGAAGCCGAAACCGCGAGCGCAUGGGAGGGCGAGUUGUCCAAGUACCCGCUGUCGGUGGUGGAAGAAGCGGCGGCGCGGUACAUUGGCAAGAACGGUUUCAGCCCGACAGCCGCUUGGGUUGAAUCGUGGCACGCUGGCUUGCCGCUAAGCACGUUGCGUGUGGUGAUUGAUCGACUUGUGCCGGACGUGGAGCGGAUUGCAGCGGGUGGGGGUGUACGGACGGGCACCGCCGAGAUCACGGGUGGCGAUGUGGAUGCGCGCGUACUGGCAUUCCUGCGCGAGCAGGAGAUGGCCGAGUACCUUCCGCCUCCCGAGGGAGGUAUCCAUGCGAGGGGAUGGCAGUGGACAGACCAUGCCACCGUGUGGCUGCGAAGCUAUCUGUGGGGCACCAUCUACGUCGCCGCGCUCUUGCCGUUUGGUCUGUGGAGCGAUACCGACGUGCGCCUGUUUAGGAUCCAUGAACGCGAUGAAUCCAGGCAGCCCCCGCGUGCACAGCCAGCGACACAGCCACAGACUCCCACCACACCAUCGGCAGACACCCAAUCCACCACACACACCUAG